AUGUUAAGAAUUAAUAUGAUUGAUUGCCUGUAUACUCAAAUUGAUUGCAUAAGUAUUCAAACAUUCGAUGAUGGUUGUACGAACUUCGUUUUUCUUCGUGCACCAUUCGCACUUCUAAGCGCAGAGCAACACUUUAUGGUCAUAAUCUUGGAGUGGAAGUCUCAUUUCGCCUCAGUAAAGCGAACAGUGCAGCCCGUGAAGGUUGUUUCAAUUGCAAGUAUGAGCGACGACGACAAAAACAUUGUGUACGGUGGACCACGGGUCACGGAUUUCACGAAACUCGUGGGAUCCCUUGGUGAAUUGCUCUAUUUUCAACUCAACAACAAUGAGGACAAAGUGGGAAUUAUAGACGGUCUCACUGGGCGGAAAAUUACGUACAGAGACAUCAAGCAGAAAGCCCUACACUUGGCUGAAUACUUUCGUCAAAGUGGAGUCAAAGCCGGAGAUGUUAUUGGGAUAUGCAGUGAAAAUCGUCUGGAGUUUCCAUACACUGUGUACGGAGCAUUUCUCGUUGGGGCCACCAUAACAACAAUUAAUCUCCUCUAUACCGAACGUGAAAUGAUCCACACACUCCAACUGACACGGCCCAAAGUUAUUUUCGGGACUGAACUUGCCGUUGAGAGGCUUCUGGAUGUCGCCAAAACAUGUCCAUUCAUUGAAAGAAUUAUUCAGUAUGGAGACACAGCAAUUGUAAAUGGCGUUACAGUCUUCAAUGAUAUACUGAAUGACAAGAGAUAUGCAAAACCUGAAGAAGAUCACGUUCACCCACCGGAAAACCUCGAUCGAAGUGCCCUAAUUAUGAUGUCGUCUGGAACAACGGGGUUGCCGAAAGGAGUUGAAAUAACUGAGCGAAAUAUCCUGGCUACAUUGGGUCAAUCCGUGGACGCAAGAAAUGAACUGUACCAAGAGGAAAUGGAACUCGUAAUCCUUAGCAUAAUUCCCUGGUUUCACGUUUAUGGACUUAUGACCCUGAUUUCCUCCUCAAUUGGCGGAAUUAUCCUCAUUUCACUUCCACGCUUCGAAGAGCACCUCUUCCUGAGUUCCAUUGAGAAGUACAAAGCCACACAUGCUUUCAUGGUGCCACCGCUAAUGGUUUUCCUGGCUAAACAUCCUCUAGUUGCCAAGUACAAUUUGACUAGUCUCCAGGAGCUGUACUGCGGAGCUGCUCCUCUCAGCAAGGAGGUGGAGAAGGCAGUUAUGGACAGGAUACCCAACUUGAAAGCCAUAAGACAAGGGUUUGGCUUAUCAGAGACAACCCUCAGCGUCUUGUCCACGCGAGGAGUGAAAACUAAGCCGGGAAGUGUUGGUAUAGUUACCAUCGGGACCUACUGCAAAGUUAUCGAUCCAGAAACUGGGAAAAUCCUCGGCCCCAAUCAACCAGGUGAACUCUGCUUCAAAGGACCCCAAAUAAUGAAGGGAUACGUCGGAAACAAUGCUGCUACCAGGGAAACUAUCGACUCAGACGGAUGGUUUCACACCGGCGACGUUGGAUAUUAUGACGAUGAUAAGUUCUUCUUCAUCGUGGACCGCCUAAAGGAGCUCAUCAAAUACAAGGCUUUCCAAGUGCCACCAGCCGAGUUAGAGGCACUGCUUGUGGCUCAUCCUAAGAUCGCUGAUGCGGCAGUUAUUGGCCUUCCAGACGAGAGUGCCGGUGAGCUUCCACUGGCCUUUGUCGUGAAGCAACCCAAAGUGGAUGUCACGGAGAAAGAAGUCAAGGACUACAUAGCCAGCAAAGUGACCAACUACAAACAACUACGAGGAGGAGUUCGAUUUAUCAAUGAGAUACCAAAGAACCCGAGUGGGAAAAUUCUUCGACGCGAAUUGAGGCUGCUAAUCAAAAAUCCACAGUCCAAGCUCCACAGUUGCUUUAUCAAAGCGAUAAGUCUAUCACUCUCUGAUAUAAGACGCUGUUGCUUACUUCAAAGUCUCAGUAUUUGUGGAGUUGUCACAAAGUUGAGAAUGGUUGAUGAAUCUUUCGUGAUUUUCGGUGGACCGUGUCCAAUUGACUACACAGUGAACAAUAAAAGUUUGGCAGAACAUGCAUUUAAGAGCCUUAAAGCGAAUGGAAAUGAUGUUGCAAUUAUCGAUGGAGUGUCCGGAGAAAUUAUCAGAUACAGCGCUCUUUUAGACAGGGCGUUGACUCUGCUGAAAUACCUCCAGAAGAAGGGCAUCGGCUCAGGCGAUAUCAUUGGAAUAUGUUGCGAAAAUCGACUGGAAUUUCCAGUUGUGGCGCUCGCCACGAUCUUCGCCGGAGCCACACUCUCGACCCUCAAUCCCAGAUACGUUAAUCGAGAGAUCAAGCAUGUCUUGGAUCUCACAACACCGAAACUGGUCUUUGUCACUUCAUCGGCCUUGGGCAGCAUCAUGGAAGUGAGCAAAGGAAUGAGGUGCAUCAAGGAAAUCAUUCAAAUAGGGAACGAAUCGGAUGCCAGAGUAUCUGGAAUUGCAAGAUUUGAUGAGAUUUUACGUGAUCCGAAGUAUAGAAUGAGCCAAGAAGAGUUCCAAUUGCCUUCCACGAGCAGUUUGGAUGCUCAUGAUGCAUUUAUCUUGAUGUCCUCAGGCACAACGGGAAUGCCUAAAGGAGUUGUUCUUUCGGACAGAAAUGUCUUGGAAGCUCUCGCUAAUCUGGAAGAGACAAAAAGAUCAAUGUUCACCAUACCGAAUGUGUGUAGUAUGGGAAUCUUACCGUGGUUUCAUGCCUACGGUCUCGUCACGCUCAUCAGCAUGACUACUAAAGGUGUAAAAAUAGUUUCUCAGCCUAGAUUUGAUGAGAAAGCUUUUUUAUCUUCAAUUCAGCAAUAUAAAAUUACACAUAUGUUUCUGGUUCCUCCAUUGAUGGUGUUCCUGGCUAAAAAUCCAAAUGUUAAAAACUACAAUUUAACUAGUUUGAAGGAAAUAUUUUAUGGCGCUGCUCCAUUAGGUAAAGACAUCGAGGAUGAAGUAAAAGAACGAAUUCCCAGUUUAACUAAAACGCAACAAGGCUAUGGAAUGACAGAAACUACUCUAACCGUCUGUGGUGCAAGAGAUGAACGUCCUGUUCAAGGCAGUGUAGGCAAAAUAACAGCAAAGACUUGGGGCAAAGUCGUGGAUCCAGAAACUGGAGAAGCUCUUGGACCCAACAAACCCGGAGAGAUUUGUAUCAGAGGUCCUUCUGUGAUGAAGGGAUAUUACAAAAACCCAAAGGCCACUCAGGAGACUAUCAGGAAUGGCUGGCUGCACACCGGAGAUAUUGGAUACUACGACGAGAAGAAGAACUUCUACAUCGUCGAUCGACUGAAGGAAUUGAUCAAGUACAACAGCUUCCAAGUGGCUCCUGCUGAACUGGAAGCCUUGAUCCUGACUCAUUUAGCGGUCAAGGAUACAGCUGUUAUUGGCAUUCCCCACCCGGAAGCCGGAGAACUCCCUGCAGCUUUCGUGGUGAAGAAGGAAAACUACGAAGCGACAGCUGAGGAUAUUGCCAAAUUCGUCUCUGAUCGGGUAUCAAAUCCCAAGAGAUUGCGAGGGGGCGUUCAUUUCAUCGAUGAAAUACCCAAAAAUCCUAGCGGAAAGAUUUUACGAAGAGUCUUGCGUGAUAGAAUCGCUUCUCUCAAAUCCAAAUUGUAAUCUUAUCUAUUAGCUUUGUCGGUUAAAACUAACUCUUAAGUUUGGUUCAUUAUCAUAAACUUAUGAUCUCUGGCAUUUGCAAAAUCAUUCUCAUUUUACUUUUUCGAUUCGAAAACUACCUUUUUGAGUUUUA